CACAACGUUGAAGUGUCAAAAAUUCUAAUUUCAAAAUGAACGUUGGACGCGAGGAACCGAUUUUGCAAAGACGAAGUUUUACGUACAUUUCGCUUGUGGUGUUGAGUGUGGGAGUUUGUUUGUACAUUGUGCAACAGAACAAUGACCAGAAUCAGCACAUUCAGGACCUCCGGGAGAACCUUGGGUCACUUACGAAACACGUCCUCAACAUUUACGGACACGACGAAGCGACCCCCGAAACGGGCCAACUGGCCCAUCGUCGGGAUUUUCGCGAACAAGUCACCCACGAACUGCAGGAAGCGCUCCGGUCAAUCGAUGUGCUCCAGAACCGGGUUGACUUUCUGGAAAAGAUCAACUACGACAAGUUUGGUCGCGUCGAUUUCGCCUCGGCCGAUCUGGGUGGGAAGGUGGUCAGCGUGGAGCCCCGCAGGCCGGGUUUCUUUCUGUGGACGGUGCUGGAGCGAACGAUGCGAUUGGGCAGGUUUGGGUCUGCUAACAGGAAGUGCUGCAUCGUGCAGUAUGACUGCGCGGGAAAGUGCCACGCGUUUCCGGGGUCUUCCGGAAGUAUAACGCUAAGGUUGAUGGGAAAGGUGUUCAUUGAAGGAGUUUCGGUUGAGCACGUGCCCAAGAAUAUGUUGCCCGAUACGAGUGCGAGUAGUGCGAUUAGAGAAUUUUCUGUAAGGGGCAUUGAUGCGUUGCAAGAAGAUGGUGACACGUUCUUGUUUGGAAAUUAUUUAUUUGAUGCGGAAGUUGAUUUUAUUAAAUAUUUUAAUUUUACGUUGCGAUCGUCGAUUCCGUUCGAGUUUGUAAGAAUCAAGGUUGCUUCAAAUAAUGGUGCGGAUUACACGUGCAUUCACAGCGCUGGCAAGAAACCCAAACUGGAAGCUUCCUCCACCGAAGAGCCGGCGGCCGGGACCCCCUCAUCGGUUAAGAAAUCCCCGAGCGACAGCAUUCCAGGAGGAGGAGAAAAAUGUAUAGAAAGUCCAGAUCCAGACAGAAUCCAUGGAUCGUUCAAGUCGGCUGAAAAGAAGACUUUUAAAGUUGUAAAGAAGGAGCAACAGGAAGGAAGUGAAGCGCGAACCGUCGGAAUAGCCGAAAAGGAGGUGGAGGACAUUGCGUUGGUGCUGAAGACGGAGUCCGUCAUCCAGAUUAUACAGUUGCUGCUGGAGGACGGGGUGGUUCACCCGGUGGACAAGUGUUCGAUGAUGCCGGGAACACCGUUGAAGUUCAUGUUGGCGCAUCCGACCAAGGGCGUUCAGGAAGUGUUGGAGCGAUUCGACGAGAAGGAUUUAAGUGCGAGUGGAAGUACGACGGAGAUCGGGCGCUUUUCUACCUGCUGGAGGACGGCAGCGUGA